CACUCCACUCCACCGCGAAUUCAUCACAAUGGCUCCUAAGAGGAUUCUCGUCGAAAGGGCCGGGCCUUCUCGGAACCGCCAACCCAAGGGUGCCAUUGCCUCGACCUACGAUGCCCUGACCUCCCCGGAAAACGCCUCUAUCGUUCGCAGCAUCGCAAUCUUCGGCGCCUCCGUCGCCUUCCUCGCCAGCUCUUGGGGAGAGUUCCUGCUUCCUCCCCAAUAAUCCGGGUUUCUCGAAUUUAAUAUCUUUCACACCCUGUACAACUCGACGACUUUCGCCGCGCUAUGCCGCCUGUACAUUAGAAAUUGGGGGACGGGCAACGACCUCGGGCCCUUGGAGCUUCUUCGGAUUUGAAAAAGAUGUCGCAUCCAGGGAUGGCGGGGAUACUGUGUACACACAGCAGAUACCGACUAUAAUGACUAGAAUUCCCAUCUUUUGAUCAUGUUCAAAGGAACGUGUUCCGUUUUUCAGUCGGCAGGCAUGAAUUUCGAAUAACGCGACCCAUUCGUCGCAGGCCUCGUCCUGACCACUCAGGACAGCUUGUGGUGGCUCAGACAGGUUUAGAAUAGCGCUGCGCGCAUUGCUAACCACAUAACUCCCAGCACUUCUCCUUUCGGCAGCAUUCGAGGCAGCUCCGGCCCGCAUGCUAUCUCACGACUCAAAGCAGCAGCCCGUCUCGGGUAUGGGAUGACUCGGAUGCUACUGUCAC